AUGGCUGAGAAAAGAAAAGGAAAACGUCGACGUGACGAGGUGAGUGUUUUUUCUACUACGGUCACUGUCACUGUACUGGACCGCUUGCAAUUGCAUUGCCCUCGGUCUUGUUAAUAUCAUGUCUGACUGAAGAUAUAUGAUAUGAAUUCUUUAUUCUUGCUUUUGUGCUGUUGUUUACAGGAAUUCAGCUUGGAUCCGGAGCCCACCGAAAAGCCCAGCAAGGCUGAGUACAAUAUAGCUGCUUGGUUGCUUAAGAACAUUCCACAAAAAAAAACCAAAUUCGCUGGACACAAUGUCGAGUACUUUACAGGUCACUAGAAAUAACAACUUGAUAUUAUGUUGCUGUUGCUUUAUAAUGAAAUAUAAAGGUCCUUGGUUAUCUAAUUUAGGUAUUUUUUUUUUUUCUGAUACAGGUAGCAAAGCGGUUGACGGUCUUUUGGAAUCCAAAUGGGCCACCACUGAGAAGUUAUUUACUACACGGCAGGAAAUUGAAUUGUUUUUGGACUUGUAAGACAUUUGUUUAUCACUGUUCAUAUUAUUAAUAGUAGGCACAUACCUACUUAAAAUGAAACAUUUCACAAAAUAAAAUUAAUUUAGUUUUAGAUUCUGAGCAUUACUAGAAAUGUAUUGUUUUUCCUAUGAAUUAUAAAAUAAAAUUUGAUGGAAACAAACAAUGAAAAUGUUAAAUAGGUGUAUCAAACAAAUUUAAACGACUGAAUUAUUGUUACGUUGUACAUUAUAUUAACAGUUAUAUAAAUUUAAUCCAUAGAUAAUAUAGAAAUUGGUGGGCUAUUCCUAUGAUGUUUCUGGGGAGGUGGAAAACUGAGGCAAUUUAUUAUUCAUCACCAUAUAUAUAGAAUGCCUCACUUUAUGAAUCAAUUUUGAAAUAACUACCCGUCCUUCUUGAAAUACUGAUAAGGUAUGGAUAAGCUAUCCAUAUCAUUAUGAUCUAUUAUUCUAUUCGUAAUCACCCAAUUUAUUAUUAACCUCCUACCCACAAUUGUGGCCUACCUUAGUUGGUUAUAUCUUUUGUAUAAUUUGAUAUACUUAUUAUAGAUACUUAUAUUUAAUAUAUGUUUUUAUUACCAAAUGUUUAAUUUAAAUUUAAACUGAUCCGGAAUUACUUUCUAGCUAUUCUAGAAUUAUUUUGAAUUCUGAUUCAAUGAUACAUAACAUGUUUUUUUUCCUUAGAAUGUUGAAGCAUCAAUUUUUCCACCGCGCUAAGAAAGUUCCAAUUUCAGAUCAAGAACUUAAAGCUAUGAAAAAUAAAAAAUUCAAAAAAUCAAACGACACUGAUAAAGAUGAGAAGAAGAAAACUGAAAAAAAGAAAAAAGAAAAAAAAGAUGAUGAGAGUGAAGAAACUAGUAAGGAUGAUAAAAACGAAGAUGAUAAGAACAAAUGCACAGAAGUAAGAUUCUAUCUAUGUAUAUAAUAUACUAAAAAUAACAUUUUUACUAUAAAAAAAAAAACCAUUAAAAUAAUAUUAACUAUUUAGUCAAAUUUUAAAGUUUCAUUCAUAAAAUUAAUAAUUAAUUUAAAUUUCCUUAAAGCAUUUUAUUAAAAUUAAGUUUUAGAGUCUUUUUUUGUAAAACCAUAUAUUUAUUGGAUGUGUGCACAACUACAAGAAAAUGAUAUGUCCACUAUUCGAAGCACAUUCAAAAUAAUAAUGUAGAAGUGCAUAUUUUAAUAUUAAUAUAAUAUGUUCAUAUAAAAAUAUAAGUUGAAUUAAUGUUCGUAUAUUGGAAAUGUUUGAACAUUUCAACCAGUAUGAUGAGUUUUUGUAAUUUUAUAAUUUUUUGAGUACAGUAGUUUUCAAUGUCAGAUGCAGUACUACUUGAUAGUAAAGUUGAAAAUUAUUAUCAUUUUUAGUAUCGGAACAAAUUAAUAUAACUAUUUAAAUAUACAUUUCAAAUAAAUGUGUUUAUAUAAAAGGUUAAAAAAAAAGUUAUAAAGUUACAAAAAAGUUGAUACUGCUCAUUGGUAGGCCACUGUUGUAGGUAGGUGUUUGAGAGGAUAUACAAGGUAAUUUUGUUUCUUUAUAUUAUAUAUAAAAUGAUACUGUAUGAGGUAGUAUUAGUUGUAUUAUUUAUCACAUAGCCAAGAUAGCGCAGAAAUCAAUUAAAAUAAAAUUGAUGUAUCAAUGUUUGUUAUUAGUUUUUUAAAAUUAGAGAAAUCAUCCAUUGGUGAUACUUCUAUAAAUUGAAUACUAAAUUAUUAAUCAAAAACUAAUUAAAAAAUAAAAUUAUUAUUUGUAAUUUUUAGAUUCUGAGCAGAGCAAGGAAUGUUAUGGUUUUACAAUGUUUAUUAUUAUUAUUUUUUUUUUUUUUGGACAACUUCUACCAGCAAUUUUACUCAGAUUUUCAAGUAUAGCACCUUUUUUGAAAGAAAAUUUGACUGGGGUGGUACUUUCAAGAGGUAAUUUUUUGAUUUUCUCAGCUCUUUUCAUAAUAAAUGGAAAAAAAACUGGAAAAUUUACAAAAUGUAUUACUUUAAAAUCGUAAAUUUUAUACUCUUUCAUAACUUCACUCAGAAAUUGUUUUUCGUCAGCAAAAAUUAAUUGUUGCGUACAUUAAUUACAUUAUUAUAGUACAAUAGUUACAUUAUUAAUAAUACAAUUAAAUUCCUCUUUAUAUCUUACCUUCCCAACUUCUCAUCUAUAACAGUGGUACACCCAUUGUGCAAAUUAUGUUCAUAUCUUUUUGUUAUUUUAAUAACACUAAAUACAUUUUCUUUUCUAUGAAAGCUUAAAAUAAUAAACAAAUAACAAUCAUACUAGUUUGUUAUUUUUGUUAUAAUCUAAAUUUUAUACAAUUAUCAAUGAUUAGUAUAAUAGUUUGUGAUUAUAAAUAAACUAAAAUUUUAAUUUAAUUCAUGUUGUAUAAAAAAAAAUUUAAAUAUACUGAAAUAAUACAAUACUACAACUUCUGUUAGUAUUGUUGUAAUAGAUUACGAUGUAGAUAAAAAAUAAAAUUAAGACAAACUAACUUAAAUGUAUACUUCUAAACACAAAAAUUGAUCAUUAACCUAAACUGUAAAAAGGAUCAAUGAAUUAAAAAUGAAUUCCUAUGUUCUUAAAAAUAUUUAUCAACAAUUAUAUUUAUCAAAUAUUAUUAAGAAUGUAGUUUUAAAAUUUUUCUAUUUUCAUUUCCAUUUUUACAGAUUUUAAUGAGUAGUAACAUAAAUACAACACAGAAGGUAUAUAGAUAAUUUGCAUGCUUUAUGCUAGCCUAAAUAUUAGUAUUAGUUAGUUUACGAUUAUUUUUCCAAACUAAAAUUGUUGAUGCUUUUAAAAAUGUUUAGUUGUUCUAUAUUGCUUAUAAUUUUUCUGUAUUAAAUUUCAGACUUUAUUAUCAUUGAUAUUUAAAAAAUUAUACCCUUUUUCCUUAUAACUUAAAAAAAUUGUCAAUUCUAUUAUAUAGUUAAUAUUUAUAAUAUAAAUGUAUAGUUUAAUAUAAAUAAAUUAGUCUUUUUACAUUUUUUUUUUUUUAUAAGGGUAGGUGUAUAUAAUUUAUGUUUAUUCAGCCAUAAACAUUUACUACCCUACUCCAUGUAGAUAAAAGUGCACGCCUAUUUUUUUAUGAUUUGUAAAUAUAAACACUUUGAUUUGCAUUCAAAUAUUGUACCUAAUAAACACUUAUUAAAAGUAAUAAGGUUCUCAAAUAAUAUUGUUUGAAUUUAUUGAUAGAUUGAACGUAAAAAGAAAAGUCGUAAAAUUCGUUUGGAAAUGCAUAUGGAGCAAAUAUUUGUUGACAAUUUGGAUGCAUACGUAUGGAUUUAUGAUCCUAUUCCAUUUUAUUAUUGGGUUAUUGGAACAUUAAUUGUAUUUGGUGGAGUUGGAAUAUGUUUAUUCCCAUUGUGGCCACCACAAGUGAGGUAUGUUUAUAUUGUUAAAAACAAUUUGUAUUAAUAGAAUAUUGUCAACUACUUAGCGAAAUAAAAUAUUAUUUUGAUAAACUUGCAAAUAUAAAAACCAUUAUUAUUUUAAACAUUUAUAAUAUGUUUUCUUGUUUACAGAAUGGGUGUACAGUACUUAAGCAUAGCAGCAGCAGGAUUACUUAUAUUCAUUAUUGUUUUGGCCAUUCUUCGUUUAGUUUUUUUCAGUUUACUUUGGAUAUUAACAGCGGGCAAAUUACAUUUCUGGCUAUUCCCCAAUUUAACAGAAGAUGUAGGCUUCUUUGCUUCAUUCUGGCCUAUUUAUACAGUAUGUACACAUAAUAAUUAUUAAUUUAUUUGAUGGAUUUUUUUUUUUUUGGUAAACAUAGUAUAGUUAAUACAAUUUGUGUUUACAUUCUAGUAUAAUGUGUUUUAUAAAAAGAACUCUAAAAAAGUAAAGAAGAAAAAGGAUAAAUUAUCAGAUGACGAGGCUGAAGAUGAUAAAAAACUGGUUGAUUGUGAAGAAGAAAAAAAGUCUUCAGAAUCUGAAACUGAUGAAAAGGUUGCUGAAACUGAACAUUCUGUACAUGACAACACUUUAAUAGAUACAGAACCUGGGCAAUCUGAAAAUCCAAAGUAGAUCAUUUUAUACAUACAUUUCACAAAACAAAAAAUAUGAUAAGGCACUGUCAAAAAAGAUUUAUUAUUGAAGUGUUCGUAAAAUGAUUAUAAAUGUGAAAUUUCUAUUAUGUAUUUAGUAAAUUUAAUUGCACAUCAAAUAUUAAUAUCCAUUUGUUAAAUCCUUAAACACAUAUGUUCAUUUUGUAUAGUAUUAAACUUAAUGAGCAUUUGUUCUUUUUUUAUAAAAACAGUUGUGUUAAUAUUAUUUAUUAUAAGCCAAUUUUGAUAACAGCAUAUAUUUCCUUAGUAGUUAGAUAUUUACAAUUUUAUGUAUAUAAAUGUUGUAAAUAUGGUAUACUAUUAACACAAAAUUGCUUAUUGUUUUCUUUGAUUUUGUUAUGUGUUAAUAAAUUAUAAACAUAAUCGUAUUGUGGGACUUAUUAAAAAUAUCAAUUUUUAAUUUCAAAAAUUGUUUAUUUUCGUAAUAAUGAAAAAAAUGUAAUUUAUCUAUAGGUUAAUGUGACCCAGUUAUUGAAGUCUUUUGAUUUGUAAAAAUAAAAAUAAUAAUAAGGACAUAUAGAGCAUUUGUAUAGCAUUCAUUUUACUGACUUGUUUGUUGGAUAUUAUUUUUUUUUCUUUGAUAAUUAGACAGUGCUUCAAAGUAUUUUUUUUUUAUUUUUUUUUUUUUGUCAUAUUGACUUAAUUAUUAUUUUCUAAAUGUUGUAAUUAGAUGUUCUGAAGAUUCCUCUUCAACUGAUACAGAAUCAAGUAGCCAGCAGUCGCACACUGGCAACGAUUUUGUAAUGGUAGAAAAACAAGAUGCCCAAGACACAUAA